GCAGGAUGUUAGUGGAGAGUGGGCACGCAGCGCUGGCACUGGUGGGCGGCGGCACGGGCAGCCCCCUGGACCUGGCCUGCUUCUAUGCCUCGUCCCCGCACUCCAGCGAGGGCAGCUGCUCGCCCGCCCGCUCCGCGCCCGCCUCGCCCGGCUCCGGCUCCGGCUCCGACUGCGAGGCAGCGGGUGGGCAGCGACGCGCCGUUGAACACCACAUGGGGGGAGGAAGGCAGCACAAAGGACCUUUCCAGGGGGUUCGUGUGAAGAACUCAGUAAAAGAGCUUCUCUUGCACUUCAGAAGCAGCAGACAGAUGUCUACAGGCUAUGUUGCUGAUGACUGCAAGGCACAAGAAGGGUUACUGAACUAUGAUCAGUAUACAGAGUUGAAGAACUUGCUAGCUCACAGUAGCAAAAGAAAGGCUUCUGAGCCCCUCUGUGAUGGACCUGCUUACAAACGGCCAGCCAGUGCCCACCCUCAUCUCCUGACACCGCCACAGACACCAACCUCUAUUGAUAACAUGGAGGAUGCACACAAAAAUGAAUCAAAGCACGAUAGCAAUACUGACCUGCUUCAGAACAUUAUCAAUAUUAAGAAUGAGUCAAGUCCAGUUUCUCUGAACACAGUGCAAGUUAGCUGGCUGCACUCUAUUUCUAACCAUAACUCACCUGGAGAGCACUAUCAAGACAGUUCAGGAACACAGGCUUUCUCUCCACCCCAGAAGUAUCAAACAUUUCAAGACAGCAGUUCCCAACAGAUGUUGGAUGCUCCCCAGAACUACCAGUUUGCUCCCUCACGGGCCCAGGAUUUGUCACAGAAUUAUACUCAAGAUCCUUCACUGGAAUACAGGCCACUUUCUGGCAAAGUCCAGUCUCUGGCCUACCAGCAAAAUGCUUUUGAAAGUCGUGAACUGCGGUAUUGCCCAACCCAGAGUUUCUCAUCUCUCUUGAAUGGUUCUGAAGGCUCAGAGAAUAUGACUUUUCCGCUGCAGCCUCUUGCAAAUGCCCAUGAGCAACCUGACAUUAGCACCCAUGCUCAGAACUUCAGCCUGGCACCAAGUAAUAUCUGUGGUACUCUUGGUGGAAAUGGUACAUCUUUGGCUACUCUGAAUGUUUCUCUACAGCACACGGGUAUCAGAAACACUGCACAGCUGGGCAAGUCCUUCUUUCAGUGGCAGGUGGAACAGGAGGAAAACAAGCUGGCCAACCUCUCUCAGGACCAGCUUCUUGCCAAAGACUCAGAUGGUGACACGUUCCUUCAUAUUGCUGUUGCCCAGGGCCGGAGGGCUCUUUCCUUUGUUCUUGCAAGAAAGAUGGCUGCUCUGCACAUGCUGGAUAUUAAAGAACACAAUGGCCAGAGUGCCUUUCAGGUGGCGGUAGCUGCCAACCAGCAUCUCAUUGUACAGGACUUGGUUGGUCUAGGGGCUCAAGUGAACACCACUGACUGCUGGGGCAGGACGCCACUGCAUGUUUGUGCUGAGAAGGGGCAUGCCCAGGUCCUUCAGGCAAUCCAGAAAGGAGUCUUGGAAAAUAGCCAGUAUAUGGACCUUGAGGCGACAAACUAUGAUGGUUUGUCAGCUUUGCACUGUGCAGUACUAGCCCACAAUGCUGUGGUGCAUGAACUCCAGAACCGUCAGCCUCCUCACUCCCCAGAGAUUCAGGAACUUCUGUUGAGAAACAAGAGUCUGGUAGACACCAUCAAGACUCUGAUCGAAAUGGGAGCUUCUGUUGAAGCAAAAGAUCGUAAGAGUGGUCGCUCAGCUCUGCACCUGGCAGCAGAAGAAGCCAAUGUGGAGCUUAUUCGUCUCUUUCUGGAGCUGCCCAACAGCCUGUCUUUUGUUAAUGCAAAGGCGUACAAUGGCAACACAGCGCUUCAUGUGGCUGCCAGCCUGCAAUAUCGGAUGACCCAGUUAGAUGCAGUUCGUCUGCUGAUGAGAAAGGGAGCUGAUCCCAGUGCUAGGAACCUGGAGAAUGAGCAGCCAGUUCAUCUGGUUCCUGAUGGCUCUGUAGGAGAACAGAUAAGACGGAUCCUGAAGGGGAAAGCUAUUCAGCAGAGAACCUCGUCAUAUUAGACUCCAUGUGUCUUGGAGUUCUCAUCACUUACACUCACUGUCAGUUAGGCAGUCCUAAUGUAUUUGCAAAUAGACCAUUUGCCUGGUGGAGGCAAAUGUUAGUUGUUUCCAUGAAACAAAAGUAUUUAGUUCACUAUCAUAUAGUGGGUUAUAAUUAAUAAAUAAAAAAUCCAAAUUCCUCUCAGCAGAUGGGAAUGUUUGAUUCCCAGGUAUAUGGAACCUUUGUCUGGAUACCUGGACCCAAUAUCAGUGGUAAAACUGACUUACUUAACAGCAGAUAAUUUGGUAUCUGGGCACAGACAAUUGUAUUGUUUGUUGUUAGUUUUUAUGUUUAAUUCUUUUGUUUUUUGCAUUUAGCUAGAUUUAUUAGAUGGCAAUAUUUUUUAUUAUUUGUUUUUGUCUUUUUUUAAUUGCACAUAAAUAUUAACUUCUAGGAAAAUCUAAUAUUUUCAAACUAAAAGACCUAUUUAUAUACCUUUUUGUAGCUUUCCCCACCCCCCCCAGUUUCCACAGCAGUACUGUAUAUAAUCAAAGGCAUUAUCAUGCAGUUCUACAGACCUUGUGGUUUGUUCCAGUUUCAAGUAUUUCCAGUUUUGAGCUUUUGGAUUGUGCACAUGGAAUUCUGAUUUUUAUGCUGGUGGAGAUCGGAUUAAUUUAACUGUGUGAAUGAUUAAUUGUCAGGGUUAUAGUAUUGGCAGGAUCAAUUGUCAAUGGUACUUAUUUGCAGAAAGCUAUUGUAGUUUAAAGCAAAUGAUGAGUUGUAAUGGGGUAACUAUAAGCUUGAUACUGAUCCUGUUGACAUCAAUGGGGACAGCAUCAAAUCCUAUUUUCUUGCACCAGGACAGAUUUUUCUUUAAUCAGAGCAGUAGAUUGUGUAGGAGAAAAUAUCCCUCUGUACAUAAUUUUCUUUAAUGAGGAAGAAUGUGGUUCUGAUUUCAGCAGAAGUGCUCAUGUACACACUUGGGUUUAAAUAAAUGCUUAAAUCUCUUCCAUUUUGGGAACAUACUGAUUGAUGUCAGUGGAACUUAAGCAUGUAGUUUAGAUUAUCUUGCUGAAUCGGACCCUUUUCUCCUAGGGGAGAAUACUUCCAUCUCCUAAACAGAUUUAUUCUUGUAUUGAUGUUUUUACCUUAUAGGUAUAGUGAUAAUUGAAUAAUAUUUGAAGCAAACACAGGUAUUUUUCAAUAAAAAUUCUGGCUCCUAUUGCAACAUGUUUAUUAAUGAUGUUGUAUAAACACGUUUGAUCAAAGAGAAUGUCCUGUUUUGAUCCCUCAAAGUGACCUGGGAUGUACUUCAUUUUAGUUGAUUCUUUGUUCUCUUUGUUCUCUAGCUGUUCUUGCAUCAUGUGUGAUUCUUGUCCAUAGCUGUGUAAUUAACCUGGCAUAAUCUGACCACGUUGUUUAUUGAAAGUAUGUCUUGUAGACAAGAUAAUUGGAAAAUCUGAUAACUUGAGCAGAGCUGUGAUGCAUGCUUCAAAGAUAUGUACAGUUUUGAAUAAACUUUUUAAUUCAAAGUU